AGUCUUGCAAGGUUGAAAUCAUCAGUGGUUUAUCAGUUCACCUUUUCUUUUGCUUCUUCCUUCAAUUUCUUUCUGUGUCUCUCGCUCAAUCUUUUACCCCUCUUGUGUCCCCUGGGCCUGUGGAAUUACAUCUCGUCCCCUCCUACUCUUCCUCCUUUCUCUCUCCCUCCUUCCCUCUCUUGUACCCUUUGCCAGGACCGACUGCUGCGGUUGUGCUACCUGCAGCACAUACACACUCUCACACACUCUGCCUUAGCCAUGGCCCGGCUGCACAUAGCUCUGCUGGCCCUGGUGCCCAUCAUCCUCAUCCUAACUGUGCUGUCUACAGUAGAAAGUGCAGCAGUGAAAGAUGGAAAAGAAAAAGACGGUGAACGCCAGGGUCCAUCUAAGAAGGUUUUUGUGCCAGCAUCAGAUGCAGCAAACUUUUUCAAGCGUCGUGGCCGCAGGUCUCCAAAAUUAUACGCCGAGUAUGUAGCGGAGCAUAAGAUGCAGUUGGCUGCCUCUGAACGCAGGAGGGAAUACUACGACGAACAGAGCAAUGAGUAUGAGAACCAUCUGGAGGAGAGCCGAAAUGAGCAGUACGAAAGGAACCGGGAGAAUGCUGAGCAAUGGAGGGAGUAUCACUACGACGGGCUCUACCCACAAUACCCACAUCACCGCCCUUAUUACUAAGUGUCUUAUAUAACCUUGCAUGCCUGAAGGUCACACAGUGGUAGCAAUUUGGAUGCUUUUUUUUGUUUGUUUUGUGGAAUUGAUGUAAUCUGCACUUUAUAUAUACAUUGUAAGUGCAAUCAUUUCAAAACAUGGUGAAUAUAUACUGCUUAUAAUCCAAUCCGAUAAUAUUCCUUCUUAACCUGCAUCAAUUACUUGUUUUUAAAUUGUAAAGAUUUCAUAAUCAUUUUGUAUCCUUUAUAUAUGCUUAUAAUAAAAGUACAUGGUGGAUGCGGAAUGUAUAUUAAUAAUAAUUCUUGAGAUAGA